AUGACUGAAGCAGAAAUACAGCCACGUCGACUGUCGGCGGAUAAUCAGACUGUCUCGAAAGCUGAUAUCCCCAUGAAGGAGCGCUUCUUCCGCUACUUUCAGCAUGAGAUCACUGAUUUGCAACAGGAGAUGGAUCGUCUUGCAGAUACAUCUCUUGUCGGUGGUGAACGUACUGAUGCAACAGACCACUGCCUUGCCGGGAUCGUGCGGUUAUCCAAUGAAGUCAAGGAUGCAGCGAGCUAUAUUCCCACCUAUGAUCAGAGGGUGUAUGCGGAGGCAAUCAAAGCUUUGCAGGAUCGAUUGACCGAGACACGUGCAGCAUUCGAGCCCCGAUCAAAGUUUAGCUUCAAGACCAAGAAAAACACCUCUGCUGUCUCUUUGUCUGACGCUGCCGUGCUGGCAGUUGAAGGACGGCUUAGCGUUCCUGGGUACCACUCUCCGGGUGCCUCGUCCAUUGACUCGUCCGCGAACCACACCCCCAACUUCCCUUCCAGCCCACUGAAACCGGAGCUUACGCCCACUUCAUUCCCGGGUGUAGCGACCGGGGACUUUGCCACAAAGCCCCACUCGGAGAAGCCCGGUGGUGCCUUUGCGGCCACCGGCAUAUCCUCUGUGUCGGUCGAUGAUCAUCAUAGACUUCACAUUAUGCUUCCUGCCUCCGGGUCGACAUCCACAGUCCCGGUGUCUAUCACCUCCCUGGAUCGCUGCAUCGUUGAUAUGUCCAUUCCCACUGCCAACGGAAAGCCAUAUGCCAGUCUGACUGCCAAGGGGAUCAAAGAAAGCUUAUUGAUCUGCGGCCAAGUCAAUGGCCCUGCACACAUUACCGGCGUUGAGCAGAGCGUGAUUGUGGUGUCAUGCCGUCAAUUCCGCAUGCACGACUGUAGCAACGUUGAUGUCUAUCUCAGCUGCUCUAGCAACCCUAUUAUUGAGGACUGUUCCAAUAUCCGGUUUGGUCGGAUCCCGAAGGCAUAUGCCUUGAACCAUGACCGUCCCGACCACGAAGACCGCUGGAGCCAGGUCGAAGAUUUCAAAUGGAUUAAGCCGGAGCCUAGUCCAAACUGGAGUCUGCUCGACCCCAACGAUGCCGUUUCCGAAGAGGUUUGGGCAGAGAUUGUUCCCGGCGGGCCGGGAUGGUCUCUUGACGACAUCUUGCAUGCCAUAAAAAUAGUCCAAAACUAG